AGUGGGAUCUGGAUCGGAGCGGCUGCAGUCAGUUAUCUUCAUCACUCUCGCGCGUACGGCCAUUUUCCUUCAGCUCGAGAAGAUAGUUCCCGCAGACAUGGCCGACUACUCUAACGUGGCUCCACCGUCCUCAAACGCCGGUGGAGGGAUGAACGAUGCUUUUAAAGACGCCCUUCAGAGAGCCAGACAAAUAGCUGCAAAAAUAGGAGGUGAUGGUGUACCCCCCUCUCCGACAUCCAAUGAGUUUGGUUAUGGUGGACAGAAGAGACCUCUUGAAGAUGGAGAUCAACCAGAAACCAAGAAGAUUCCACCAAGUGAUCCUUUUUCAUCUGUAAUGGGAGGCAUGGGUGGCCCACCAAGGUCUAUAUCAGAAGAGUUCAAGGUUCCAGAUGGCAUGGUUGGCUUCAUUAUUGGAAGGGGAGGAGAACAGAUUUCAAGAAUACAGCAGGACUCAGGUUGCAAAAUACAGAUUGCUCCCGACAGUGGUGGCAUGCCUGACAGGUCAGUGACAUUAACAGGCUCACCUGAUGCAAUCCAGGCUGCAAAGAGUUUGCUCUCAGAGAUUGUCGAGAAAGGUAGACCUUCUCCAGCAUUCCACCACAAUGAUGGACCAGGGAUGUCUGUUCAGGAGAUCAUGGUCCCUGCCUCCAAAGCUGGUCUGGUCAUUGGAAAGGGAGGAGAAACAAUCAAACAGUUACAGGAACGUGCGGGGGUCAAAAUGGUCAUGAUUCAAGAUGGACCCCAAAACACAGGGGCUGAUAAACCACUCAGAAUCUCUGGCGAUCCUUUUAAAGUUCAGCAAGCUAAAGACAUGGUGAUGGAUCUGAUCAGAGAUCAGGGUUUCCGGGAACAGAGAGGAGAGUAUGGUUCUAGAGUAGGCGGUGGAGACAGUCUGGAUGUCCCUGUGCCAAGGUUUGCAGUGGGAAUUGUGAUUGGCAGGAGUGGUGAAAUGAUCAAGAAGAUUCAGAAUGACACUGGUGUGAGGAUUCAGUUCAAACCAGAUGAUGGCUCCACACCAGAGAGGAUCGCUCAGAUUAUGGGGCCUCCAGACAGGGCACAGCACGCAGCAGAUAUCAUAACUGAUCUGCUGAGGAGUGUGCAGGAUGGAGGCCCCCCUGGUCACGGGGGCAGAGGGAGGGGCCGUGGACAGGGAAACUGGAACAUGGGCCCUCCUGGAGGCCUGCAGGAAUUCACUUUCACUGUGCCUACCAUGAAGACUGGCCUCAUUAUCGGCAAAGGGGGUGAAACCAUUAAGAACAUCAGCCAGCAGUCAGGAGCCAGGAUAGAGUUACAAAGAAACCCUCCACCUAAUUCGGACCCUAAUAUAAAGAUCUUCACAGUCCGUGGAUCACCCCAACAGAUUGAUUACGCCAGACAGCUGGUCGAGGAGAAGAUUGGAGGUCCAGUUAGCCCUAUGGGUGGCCCUCAUGGUCCUCCUGGGCCCCACGGAGGUCCUUCUCACGGCCCUCCCGGUCCACCAGGACCACCUGCUCCCAUGGGCCCAUACAACCCUGGGCCCUAUGGCCAGGGCCCUCCUGGACCACAUGGUCCCCCAGCACCAUACCAGCCUCAAGGCUGGGGCAACGGAUACCCUCAUUGGCAGCAAGGACAGCCAGAUCCCAAUAAAGCAGCGGCUGAUGCUAAUGCGGCCGCAUGGGCAGCCUAUUAUUCUCAGUACCAACAGCAGCCCCAGGGCCCCAUGACACCAACAUCAGCAGCCCCUGGCACAUCCCAGACCAAUGGACAAGGUCAAGGACAGCCUCAGCAGGACUACACAAAGGCAUGGGAAGAGUACUAUAAGAAACAAGGUCAAGCUGCGCCUCAGGCGGCUGCAGCAGCGGCGGCGUCUCAGCCAGGAGGUCAGCCAGAUUACAGUGCAGCGUGGGCAGAAUAUUACCGCCAGCAGGCAGCGUACUACGGCCAAGGCGCCCCUCAGGCGAUGGGAGCUGCACCCCAGGCUCAGCAGGGCCAGUAAUGUGAAGUGGACAUAGAGUAAAUGCUACAUUGUCAGAAAAAACCUUUGUUAAAUGUUUGGAUGCAGACGCCAUGAUGAAGAUCUUUAUUUCAUUGGUUUGAGUGUUUAAGCUAGAUCGCAGACCAGCUCCAAAGUCAAGUAUAUAUAAUUUUUUUUCCUUUUUGUUUUGCCACUUGUAAAUGAACGGUUUGUUUUUAGUCGGGUAAUUUUGGUCAUUCCAGCUCCUGUAUCUCCUGUAUCUCAUGUAGUUCUGAGACUAAACUAUAGUCAUUUCCAUGUAAAUUAUCUCAGUUUUAAUAUGAUAUGCCUGUUGUGUUUUGCAAUAAAACAAUGAAACCUCCUGUGUUGGUAAGUGGGGUGCAAAAGUGGGGAAUGUUUUGUAAAAAUGUCAUUAACUGUUUUGGGACAUGGGGGUUUAUGCAAAUUUACAGAACAAAAAUGUUGCUCUACUGUUGUUUUUUCUUUUCUUUUUUUUCCUUUCAACUCUAUUACUCUUGAUUUUUAGUUUGAUUCCUGGUCUAUUUUAAAGUCACAAGUAAAAGAUCAUUGAUCAUUUGACAUUGCUUGUUUGACACAUGGACAGCUCUGUUUUUAUGCUGCAUUUUUUUUUUUUACUGGUCAUUGCUGUGGAUGUAGGUGUAGGCAGGUUAUCUAAGGCAAGGUGGCUUGAUGUUGGCAAGGUAUGUGAUUCAUGCAAUAACUCUUCAGUGCUGUAGUGUUGCUCAUUCUUGUACUGCAUUUUACCUGGUUUGUUGAGGUAGUGUGCACUGUUAAUGAGAGACAUUUCCUCCCUCACAGGCGAGAUUAGGAAGGCGGUAAGAAGUAUGCGUCUUUACAUAAACUGUUCCUUUUUAUAUUGUGACUGCAAUCAUGCUGCAAGUAUUUUAGUUUGUUCUCCCAAGUUUGCUGCUUUUUUACAGGGCAGGUCAAGUGUUCUGAUCAACAGUUAUGUCUUGCGAAAUUACUUGUCCCCAUCCUAUAUUUUACAUGUCUAAAACCUACAAAUUGUGUAUAUAUUUCUAUCAAUAUUGCUGGCAUUAUUAAAAACAUUCUGAUACGAUUAAAAAGGCUCGAAUGCGAACAUGGACUACUUUUUUUUUCUGCCCAUUGUCUGUUAGCAUUCCUCCAAUAUAGGCCUAUAGGUUUUUGGAGACUCUGGCUUCCUACACCAGUGAAAUGAGCUCUCCACUGUAAGUACAAAAUGUACAUGAUUUUGCGGCCCAAUUUGUUUUUUUUGCUGUCAAUGCAUUGUCUUUGACUGAAUGAAACGCAAUGUAUAUAAAUCUCUAAAUGUUGCCCUUUUUUGGGUAAGUAUGUCAGGGCUGUAAUUUUGAUUUGACAUGUUCAAGAUAAUAAUGACCUGACCCUUUUUCACAUUGGACUGUUAUUUUUUGCCAUAACAGCAUUAUGUGAUAUUUACAAAUUGAGACAUUGCCAUGUUGACACUGCUUUAGUCAUUUAGGACGUGUCUCUCAGACUUCUCAUAUGAAACUGAACUGUACCACUGUGUUCGAGUCAGUCCGUCUGUAGAAACAGCAACUUUUUCCAUCUGCGAAUGUGUGGUUUAACAUUGACUAGACAUGUAAAUUGUCUUUUUGUGAUUUGACAAGUGUUUUAUACUGCAUAGCCCAUAAAGACCGUCAGCAAAUGGCCUCUUUCAAAUGUUAAUUAGUAUUAAUGUCCUAUUUCUAAAUCUGUGCCUGACCUGUUUGUGAUUAAGGUCAUUGAGGCUAUCGAUUUGAUGCGUUUUUUUUUUUUUUUUUCUCGACUGUUCAUUAGUGAGCAGUGCAAUGUCUAAUCUUGCAGUGUCAUCCCUGACCUUGCACCUUAGGUUCUGCAGCAAUAACACAGGUAAGAGUAUCCUAAGAAAUCAAAACGAUUGAACCUGUGAUCUAGUGUAAUGCUUUUCACCUUUGAAACUGAGGUCGAUUUGUGCCGCUGUUUAAAUGAAGGAUGUCUCUCGUAGUAGAUAGACUGACGUUCGUCACAAACGUCAGAAUUAAGAUUUCUUGGAAGUAUGCAUUUUUUUUUGUCCAUAUGAAUUGCAUGGCCUUGACCUGUAGUUCACAAAUGUUUUCCUCUGUUGAAAUCUAACUAGAAUUAUGCUGUUUUUUUUGUCCUAAUUGAAACAAAUGUGAUUUUGAUUUGCUCAUUUGUUAGCUUCCUGGUAAGUCUGUUUAGUGUGGUUCUGUUCUACUCUUACACCAUGCAUGCAGAUGCGAAAUGAUCCAGAGUUAGCCCUAUUAAUGCACUCACUGAUAACUGACGUAUACCAUGUAUGCUCAUGUUUCAUUGGUUUGCAAGCUUUCUUGUUGCCCCUCUGUAGUGCUAAUGUUUGUCCCACAUUGCUGCCUUCAUUCUCACUCACAGUGUUGAAGAUGCUGCAGGCGUAGUUCGUAGAAUCAGGUCCUGAGCUAGUUUGUCCGUAAGGAGGACUCCUUUGAAUCUGUCCCUCCGCUGAACGUAGACCGUUCAAAGGGCUCCAGUUAUAAGGUAAAAAUAUCAUGAGGAAUCUGUCAUUGCAAAGUCAAUGUUACUGUUAGUUUAGGGUGAUGCCAGUUAGUUUUGAUUAUAGAAAUGUAGCCAUAUGCCUCUGUAUUAUUGGUUGACUAAUGGUUCUAUGAAAUGUUUUGAGUACAUUCUUUGCCUUUUGUUGAUAAGUGUAGGGAUUUUAUGUGCAUCAAUGCUGUACAGGUGGACCAUGACCAGGAACUUUUUUUUUUCUUUCUUUUUAGUAGACAUUUGCCAGGCUGGUUUUUGUUUGUUAAACAGUUUCUUUAAACCUAGUCUUUAUCCAUUGCUGCAUAUCGUUUUGUAUGCAUGCAAGAUGUUUCCUUUUUGAGCAAAUUGUUCACAACAGAAUUCGUGGGGGUCUAAAAACGAAGAGAAAAUCGGAGGCUAUCUGAGAAAUUUGGAGCAUGCCUUUGAGGUAAAACUAACAUGAACUGUUAAAGUUGUUGAAUGUACUUUUGAUUUUUGUUGAGAAUUGUUGGUCUGAAAUGUUAGAUUGUUGCCAUUGUCAUCAAUAAAACUAAUCAUUAAAA